UUUUGCAGGCUAAACGAGAGUUUAACGAGUCUCAAGAGAAUGUUAAGGGAUCAUACAUAGUAAAAGUAAAAAGUGACUAACUGUGCUCUACAAUCUGACAUCUGCUGUAGAGAUGUUUAAUCGAACAAUCGACAACAAUCGAAGAGGGAGAGACCAGGAAGGAAAUCAAUUUGGACGUUCUUCGCUUUUGCAUAAUUUCAUGGUUCCUGACCUAGCAACCGACCAAGCGAAAACUAUAACGAUGCUCUGCAGCAUGAGGAACGGGGAACGACCUGCGCGCGGAUUCGGGCGCGGUCAAUGCCGUCUAGAUGCUUGCUAUUACUAUCCGGACCGUCUGAUAUUUUCGUCAUGGCCUACUAAUACACUCCGCAAAUUCUCGCCCUACCACGGGGGUCACUGUUCGAGGAUGACGUGGUCAAGGAAAUAUGCCGAUCGUUGAUUCGCGUUCUUCAAUGUUUACCUAGAUGGAACUUCGAAUUUUCUAACUUGAAACGAAGAAAAAAGCGUAUGCUUGUGCGUUUAGCGGACAACCGGGUACAUAAUGGUUGUGGCUAAAUAUUCAAACAGUUUGGCCUUCCAUAUAUUCAUGACCGUCAUCUUCGUGGAGAAAAAGAAAAGGCAGAUGGAUUUGCAUUUGAAUGAUGGAACGAUUUGUGGGACAAGAAGUUUUUCAAUAUACUGCUUUCCGGUAGUUGACGUGUUGACCAUCGACUCUGGCCGCCAUUUUUAGGAAAAUUGCUUUUAACGUGUUUCACGGCAUAAAGGUGCGGUCAGGCGAUUUAUUCAAGUAUUACAGUUGUCUGUAGUUGGAAGUCCUUUUCUUUAUUAUGGAAUACCAUUAGCAUGUAGUAUUGAGAACGCAAUGAAAUUAAGUGUUUACGUCAUCUUCUUACUUUUAGGAUUAUGUACUCUGUAAAAAAACAUACAAAAAAUUAAAAUUUAUAGUACUUUUUUCACGUCAAAAAAGAAAAAAAAAGAAAAGUAUUAUCUAUAUCUAGCGGGUUACAGAGAUAACAGUUCUAAAGUUAAUUUUUUAUUUCAUAAUGAAAAAUUCGUUUUCCAUUCGCAUCUCAUCACAACUACCGACAUGAUCCUGACAUGAUGCAAUAUGAACUAUGUGUAUCCAUUUCUCCACGCAUCGAGACAUUAUCUGUUCAACUCAUUAUCGAUAGAAUGCCACUUUCGCCCUAUUUCGUAAGACCAGGCAUCGUGUAACAUUAGUUUUAAACGCGAUAAAAUUUUUUGAAUUUGGAACAUGAAAAAACACAGGGUCAUUAGGUCGUUCUGCAUCGAUAAGAUAUUACCAACAUGGAAUAUAAGUGCACUGGUUACAUAAAUGGUACAGCGGUGAACGGGGUGAGAUUUCAUUUCCAACGACAAGUUAUAUUACACGGAGUAGGCGAUGUAAAUCAUUGUUGUAAUGGAUCGAACGUUCCAUUUGAACACGCAUUAUCACGCAAUCGAGAUAAGAAUUUCUGUCGCAAUCAUUCGUGUUCAUGAUAUAUAUCGUUGAUAAUUAAGUGAUCAUUAUUACAUUACUUUUACUUGCGACUGUUUUUCCGUUCUUCAAAAAUACCACACAAUAUUUACAACGGGAGUUUAUAAAGGUAAAAAGAAAAAAAAAAAAAAAAAAAAAAGAUACGUAAAUGGCCUGUAAUGCGAAGCGUUAUCAUCCUUGAACUCGGUGACGAAGCACUCUGUGCUAACGCGUCGUAAAAUACAGCAAUACGAGUGUAUUAACUGCUUUACGUUACUUUCUAUGAAUAGCGAGUUAAUUGAAUAGUUAUAAUAGUCACUUAAUGAUGAAUUUCUAGUGAAAUGUAUCAUUCAAAUUGCACUCAAUUAUGUACAUCAAAUAUAAUCAUUAUCUUUCAUUGAUUAAAAUUCAAUUAUAACGAGUAAAUUGUUUUGUUAAAUAUAAAUAUUAUGUAUCUAUUUCCAAUAGAUAAUAAUCCA